GAAGUGACGUCAACUCUUCCACGGUGGCUCCUCUUCUUACGUGGCAACGCGUCAAGCGACCGGCGAGACAGACCGAGCACAAAGAGAGAAUAUUAAUUAAAAUAUAUUAUUACAUUUGCUUUAUUAAGUCUUCUUUAAAAUCAUCAUGGGCCUCACGAUCUCAUCGCUUUUUGGGAGACUGUUUGGCAAGAAACAAAUGAGAAUACUGAUGGUGGGUUUGGACGCUGCAGGUAAAACCACAAUACUUUACAAACUAAAACUGGGAGAGAUCGUGACCACUAUUCCUACUAUAGGUUUUAAUGUGGAGACUGUUGAAUAUAAGAACAUCUGUUUCACUGUGUGGGAUGUUGGUGGUCAGGACAAGAUUCGACCUCUGUGGAGACACUAUUUUCAGAACACACAGGGUCUGAUCUUUGUUGUGGACAGCAACGACAGAGAGAGAGUGGCAGAAUCUGCAGAAGAGCUUUCUAAAAUGUUGCAGGAAGAUGAACUAAGGGACGCAGUGUUGCUGGUUUUCGCUAACAAACAGGAUCUGCCUAACGCCAUGGCUGUCAGUGAACUCACAGACAAACUUGGCCUACAGAGUCUACGCAGCAGAACGUGGUAUGUUCAAGCAACCUGUGCUACACAAGGGACCGGACUUUAUGAAGGAUUGGAUUGGUUAUCAAAUGAGCUCUCCAAGCACUAGUAUGUGUGUUGACAGUGACCAGAUGUGUGUGAACCUUAAACGACAGAGGAUAUCAGCGCGUAAACUCUGUCCUCAAGAACUUGUGUGAGUGCGUGUGUUUGGACAGACAGGUGUGGAGGAGCUAUCAAGUGUUCAGCAUCGUUUCUAAUCUAUCCUAUUUGUCUUUUUCUAUGCUGUAUUCCUACUAAUGUUCUUUUAAAUUUUUUUCCUUAGGAAUCUGAUUGUUUUCUAUGACUGUAAAAUAAUGCUUAAAUUGCACGUUUACUUGAUAACUGUGAGAGCAUUAUGGCACAAGAGAAGGGAAGUGUGGAAGUAAUUCUGGGUAGAGGGGAUCCUCUCGCAAGUGGGGAGUAGUCGUGUCUUAAGUUGUUGAAGCUGUUGUGCAUUGAAGCUCACCACAAGAUUUCUGUUGCAGUGCUGCCUAAACCGAGUCACAGGCCCCGCUGCUCAAGGAACAUUCUAUUUCACAGCAGUCUAUUUUAUUCUGGGGGGUGUUUUGUACAGCUACAUAUUAAUUUAUGUUGCAGAAGGCUGAUUUCAGGGACUUUGCCACCAACAGAUUAUUUGAGAUGUUUGGAACAAAAUGGUACAUGAAGUAUUAACAGCAAUAUGUUGUCAUCCAUGAUAGAAUUAAUAACAUAAUCUUACUUCCUGUCCUGUUACCGCCAUUGUUCAAUAUGUAAGUGUAUGUCAAGGCCCUGCAUGUUAUGGACUGGAGAGGGAUGAAUUGUUUUUAAAUCCCAGAGUUCUGGACAAUCCAGCUUCAUGUUUUUUUUUUUUUUACACGUGUUUAAAGAUGCAUGUUGGCACCUUUGUCAAGGUGCAUUGGAAAAUAACUUUAAAUGGACACUCCAAUAAUCAAAAAAGCCCUUUUUUCUCUGAUUAAGGUGAGCAGGGAGAGGGCUGUUUUGAGACACUUCCUCAUUCUGGCGUAUGCCCUGCCCUUGCUGGAACUACCACAAGAUCCACCCCUGUGAGAAUAAAGAUCUGAUAAAAACAAAAUGGA